UAAUAACUAUGGAAUCAUACACUAUCAUACAUAUACGUCUCUUCCCAAGUAAACUGAUGGUUGGAAUAUUAACGAAACAUUGACACUUGUCAUUCAUUACCGAUUUAUUUGAUAUUUUUUUUUUGAAUUGUGAUAUGUUUUUUGGAAUAACUGGAAUAUACUUUGUUUACGAUUUCUUAUAUAUCUGUCUAUCAAUAACUGUAACUUCCAUCAGGCGAUUUUAACUCGCUCCACAUAGCGUCGACGAAAGUCAAUUAACUUGUUUUUUGAAGGAGUUUUACGAAAAUUAGGAAUGAAUGGACAAAGUCGCUAUAUUUUUGCAAUCGUUACAGUCGUCGGAAUCGUCAUCUGCGCAAGUUUUUUCUACCAUGAAGAUGUUUAUCAUAAUGCAAUGCCAGUUCAUUGCAUCGAUCCGUUCUUAAAAGAAAUUUCAAGUAAAAUGUCGCAGUUGUCUGCUCAAGGCAGGAAAGAAGUAGACAAUGUAAAAAAACAGUUAAAAGAAAUAUUAGGUCAAAUUAAUGGAAAAUUAAUAGAAUUGAAAUCGAGUCAAAAAGAAGAGCAUCCUAGAGAAGAACCUCAGGAAGAACAUCUAACAAAAAGCGAAUUAGAAGGUUUAGAGCUUAAUAGAUUUGAUAUUCAAAAGUUACCACAACCUGAUUCGUCAGAUAUGAACGACAAGUGGAUUGUGGUGACAAGUAUUUUUGCUCCAACAGAAGACAUUAAAAAGUUGGCGAAGAUUCCAGGCUGGAAGCUGGUUGUAGUUGGGGAUAAAAAAACACCCCAAAAUUGGAAGUUAGAUGGAGUUGUGUUUUUGAGCAUUAAAGAUCAAUGGAGACUUGGCUUUGAAACUGUAAAGUAUCUAAAAUAUGGAGUAUACCAACGUAAGAACAUGGGAUUCUUGUAUGCUAUCCAACAUGGUGCGAAGUAUAUCUACGACACCGAUGACGACAAUCAUCCAUAUGGCGGCAAAGUUACAUUCGACGACAUGACUGUUGAUAAGGAAUACUUGAUGUACGACGGAAAUCAACACUUUUACAACGGUUUUGCACAUUUUGGACAAAGCACACUAUGGCCACGUGGAUAUCCUCUCAAUAUGAUCGACAAAAAACCCGUGCGUACUUACAAAAAGUGCAAGAGUGUUCGACCUCUUGUUCAGCAAGGAGUGGUAGAUGGUGAUCCGGACCUUGACGCCAUACAACGCCUUACCCGAAAAGAUAACGAGGCAAAGUUUGUCGUUUACUUUGAUAAAGACGCACCACCUGUCGUACUACCACCCAACUCAUUUGUACCGUAUAAUUCACAAAAUACCUUCCAUCAUUACGAUGCAUUUUUCGCAUUACUGCUUCCGCAGACAGUCACAUUUCGUGUCAAUGAUAUAUGGAGGAGCUUCAUCACGCAACGAUUACUCUGGGAUAUUGGCGGCCAUAUGGCGUAUUUCCCGCCCAAUGCAUACCAAGACCGCACGCCUCAUGAUUUUUUGAAGGACUUUUAUGAAGAAGACGAUUUGUACAAAAACACAAACCCUUUGACAAAGCUUUUAUUAAAUUGGAAAGGCAAAACGAAUGCGGACAUGUUCGACCGUCAUUAUGAUAUUUUAAAGGAAAUGUACAAAGCAGAUAUAAUCGGAUCACGUGAUGUUCGAUUGGGCAGAGCUUGGGUUCGAGAUUUAUUGAGGAUUGGGUACAAGCCACCAUCUUUGAAAAAAUCAACUGCAGUGUGUGCAGAAAAGCAAACAACGUUCAUACCAAAAGAAAUGCCGUCUUUGUUUUUAAGAAUAGGACAGAAAACUGUCAACGUUGUAAAUGAAGCUAAAAAAUUACCUCUCACAAAAGAAAGGCAAAGAGAUUAGCUUGACACUUAAUAUUUUACACUUCACUUUUUUAAAUAUAUUCCACAAUUAUUCUAGGUACAGAUAGGAUUGUACUUUUUACAAUUUUUACCCGAUUUUUCUAAUUUUUUUACCAAAUAACAGCAUCGAACUUUUCUUUUGAUUGAACUUUACCUUUUUUCCUUUUUCUUAUCAAGUGGGACAGUGUUUUAUUUUCUAAAAUGAACAAAAUAGCAAAGAUUAUUGCAGAAAUGUCACGAACAAAAGGCUUUUCCGCUUCAAGGCAACCUAAGCAAACUAUUGGUCAAACAGGCUUGCGAAAAUUUGGGAAACUUCACCUACUCUGGAUUUUUUAUAUUUAUAAAAUAUGCUGCUUUAUUCGUGAAGGUUUUUCGUUAUUUUUAUUUUUAUUAUUUAAGACCGUGAAAACGUUUUCAGAUGACGUCACACCUUUUGCCGUUACUGAUUUGCAAAUAAACAGGUUGCCAAGGAAAGAAAAUGAACUAAUUCUUUUUUCUUGAAAUGAAUAAAAAUUUUGGACUAAA